GAGCGCGCGAUUGUAGCAGCGCGGAAUAUCCCAACUCUGGCAGUAGGGGAGUGAGCGAAAAGAAAAAAAAGAAAGAAAGAAAGAAAGGCGGAAGCGCGUAUAGUUCGUCUACUAUUUCUCUCUCUCUAUCUCUCUCUCACUCUCACUCUUUUGUUAUUUUUUAAUCGUGUGCACCUCCGGGUUUUUGACAACACACAAAACACACGCACGCGCACGCAUGCACACCAAGAUUCGGUAAACGGAAGAACGGAACUACCUGCACGCGGAUUCUCUAUCUCUCUUUCUCUCUCUCUCUCUCUCUCUCUCUCUCACUCACAUAUCGAUCCGAUGUUGCGCGACGCUUCACCUUAGUGACCCGACUUAUUUCCAAAUUUUACUUCCUUUAACUUUUUUAUUAUUAUUAUCGGUAAAAAAAAAUCUUGCAUAAAGAAUUGACCUGAAAGAAGAAAAAAAGGAGAGAUUUUCGGGGGAAUUUGGGAAGAGACCAAAAAGAAGUCCAUAAAGGUCAUGGCGGCGACUUUGCCCAGGACUCUUGGCGAGUUGCAGCUCUACCGCAUCCUGCAGCGGGCCAACCUGCUGUGCUACUACGACGCGUUCAUCCAGCAGGGCGGUGACGAUGUGCAGCAGCUGUGCGAGGCGGCUGAGGAUGAGUUCCUGGAGAUCAUGGCACUAGUCGGGAUGGCCAGCAAACCGCUGCACGUGAGACGCCUCCAGAAAGCUCUGCGUGACUGGGUGACCAACCCGGCACUGUUUAACCAGCCACUCGCUUCACUUCCUGUCUGCAGCAUCCCUGUCUACAAACUUCCUGAUGGUCCAGUGCUGCCUGUCAAAGUUCCUAAAACAGAUCCACCGAAAACCGAAGCAGGCAGUGGGAGCUCCUCGGCCACCGCCUCACCUCUGCAGAGCAGCAACGAACCUCGUUUCUGGGCCGAGCGGAGCCUCUCGCCGGCCGAACUCGGCUCGCCCUCGUCCCCGCUGCCGCGAGACACCCUGGAAGCUCUGGACAUCGCUGCUGUCCAGGCCGUCAGCGAGUGUGUAGACAGAAUGGCUCGCGCAUUACCCAAAAGUGACCCUGCGGAGCUCAGAGAGCAGCUCAAAGCUAACAAGAAGCUCGCCAAAAUGAUCGGCCACAUCUUCGACAUGAGCGACGAUGACCCGCGCCGGGAGGAGGAGAUCCGCAAAUACAGCGCCAUCUAUGGACGCUUCGACUCCAAGAGGAAGGACGGCAAACAUCUCACACUCCACGAGCUGACGGUAAACGAGGCAGCGGCUCAGCUCUGUAUGAAGGAAGUGGCGUUACUCACGCGCAGGGACGAGUUAUUCGGACUCGCUCGCCAGGUCUCCAGAGAGGUCACCUACAAGUACACAUACAGGACCAGCAAAUCUCGAUGUGGAGACAGAGACGAGCCGUCACCGAAGAGAAUUAAAACAGAGCAGGAAGGCUUUUUCGACCUGCAGGAGGCGCUACAGGCCAUCCAUAUGCGACAGGAGAGUCUGCGAGAGCAGCUGAAUCAGGCUCGCUCCAAGGGAGAGGAAACACUCACACGAAACAUCCAGGUACAGCUGGAGCGUCUCUUGGCUAAACAGAUGGAGAUUUUGCACGAUGCAGCGGCGCAGGACAGGCUACAGGCUCUGGAGUGGCGCGUUCCUCCCAGCGCCUUCAAACACCACGGCGACUCGCACAAUGCUAACUCUAACGCUAAUGCUAACGGAGUGCAGAGCAGUGCCGAUAAACACGCCGAGCAGCACGGUGAGAGGCCACUGAAUCUGCGAGUGACAGGACAAAGAGGCGGAGCUUCAGAUGGAGACACGCCUCUAGGAAAACAACUGGCCAAUGAGCUGAAGAGACAUCACCAAGCCAGCAUGGAGAGCAAGGCAGCAGCCGCCACAGAGAACGGAAGCGGAGGCGAGGCGAGUCCCCGCGCUCUCAACCUCUCCGAAAAGAAGACCAUCAAAUGUGAACCUGAGGACUCCAGAUAGCAGAGCAGACCUCCGCGCUGAUUUCCAUUUAGUUUUCUUCUUUCUUGUUUUUUUCUGUUUAUUUUGACUGCAUGAUGGUGAACAGUCGUCUGUCAGUGAAUACUAAAGGAGCACAACUACAGUAGAGCCUUAAUAACCAACGUUGCCUCAGAUUUCCUUUAUUUUUUCGUUUUUAAUCUUCUUUUCUUUUUUCUUUUUUUUUGCCAAAGCACCUAGAGUCCUUAUUUUCUUCCCUGAAUAGAUUAGCAUAACUUUGUAUUGUCGAUGACUGUAAACGCAACCCCCCUCCCCUUCUCUCUCUCUCUGUCUCUCUGUCUCUUGCCCUGGCGUGGACCGUAACGUCCGCUGGUUGUACAUACAUUUGUUGAUAUGUGGAAAAUGUUAAGAUGUUAUUUAAAUACAGUGUGUGUGUGUGUGUGUGUGUGUGUGUGUGUGUAUCUAAAUGAAUGCAUGUCGUUUCACAACGUUCCAGACAUCGAAUUAUUCACAAGAUAAGCACAAAGAGAAUUUUAUGGCUGAGGAACAUCUGGAUCAGGUUGAGGAACAGAACCGAUGUAGAAAAUCUCGUGGUCAGAUCUGAAGCUCAUGAGAGGAAGAAAGACCGCGCUUGUUAACCGUACGUUCACACUAGCAAGAGCUCAGAGUCUCGCCUGUGGGCGUGGCCUGACCUGUGUUUAUAUAUCUGUAAGGCUAUUGUUAGUUUUACAAUUGCUAGCUAACUAUUGUUAGCGAGCAACGUUUCAGUCGUGGUUUCAUGCUAGCUAAUUGUACUAGCUAUUUUCAUCAUGAAGCCUCUGAACAUGUGACAGGAAGUGCCGUCUUUCUUCUGCGUCAAACAGAAAAUAAUAAGAAAGAUAUGUUGUUUUAAGGCUCCGUGUCAUGUCACGUGCGAACUCUCACUCGCUACGUUUCCUUUCAUUCACUAAUUUGCUAAUUCUCGUCUGCUAGCUAGUUAUUAUCGACUCUAAGACCUAAUCCUGGUCUUUGACUUGAUCACCGCUCUAAUGAGGAUGAAGUCACUUACCUAAUACUCAAGUCCUAUAGGACUAUUAAACAGUGUCUUAGCUUCCUUUCUACGUUAGCAUUCAUUUGUGAGGUCGUUAGCUUGGUUAUUUGCCGCUCUUUUCCUAGAUUAGCUUUCACUCACAAGGUUAGUUUGAGUAUUCAUCUUCUCUUGCCAGGUUAGCUUUAAAUUCAGGUCUCACUCAGGAGGUUAGCUUCAUUAACUAAGAGCUAAGUUAGCUCUCACUCACAAGGUAGCUAGCUUCUUUAACUACCCUCUCUUGCUAGGUUAGCAUUCAAAUUCAAAUUUGAUUCGAAUUCAAACUGCACUCAGGAUCUUAGCAUCACUGACUACCGCUCUCUUGCUAGGUUAGCUCUCUGACGAUUAGCUUUGGUCAGGUUUGAGGAAUCGUUUGGAUUCUUUGCAUCGAAUUUUAACAGAAAAUUGACCACUCACCGGUCAGUCCGUCUCUCGCCGGUGUGAACGUGAGGAAACUGCGCAGGUUUGACGCCAUCUUAGUAAGUAAACAUGCUUUAUUAUCUUACUCAGGGCGGUUUACAUGACUCGUUUAUUUAUACUUUGGAAAAACUGAAACGACAAAACCAACUAAUAAUAAUAAUAAACACGAGCAGGCAGAUAUCACUUGUUUUAAAAACAGCAGGUUCAGUGUUUAGCGACAGUCGCUGAGAAUUUUUUAACGUGUUCUGGAGCUUGUUAGCGAGAACGCUACAAAGCGAACGUCGGUGUGUGUACGUGUUGUAGUGUAAAGCGUAAAAUACCAAGUGUGUAGUAAAUAGUAGAGCAAUACCAACUAGCUGUUGUUAAUAAAACGCAGUGUGUGUGUGUUUACUGUACAGUGUGUAGUGUAAUAGUGUUAGAAUAGUCUUAGAUUCAGCUGGUGUAACUCAUGUAACUUAUAUGCACUAGUGUUGGACUUUAAAAUGCAUUUUUUUGAUACAACUUUCAUCUUUUCCAUCACUUUUUUAUCAUCCUUUCAGCUCAUGCUGUAGGUUUUCCCUGUAAAAAAAAAAAAAAAAAUCAGGUUUCCCACAGUCGUGUGUGUGUGUGUGUGUGUGUUUGUGUGUGUGUGUGUUUAAUGAAUACCUCUGUGAGAAUAACCGACUGAUCCUCAUGUCCAGGUGGAGAAAUGAUCUGUACUCUUUAUUUUUAUAUGAUUAUGCAAACCUUUCUUCAUUUAAGUGCCAUUUUCUAACCUCCUUUUAUUUGGUUCUUUUUUCGGACGUGACUAAGAGGAUAUGGUUUUGGUUGAGCGAAAGUUUGUGCACCCUUCGGUACUGGGUUUCACACAUUGUUUUUUUCUGUUUGUCAUAUAUCUAUAUAUAAACAUCUCUAAUCUCUGUCCCAGAAACACAGAUUUAAUGAACAGAUUUCAGAGCCUUGGUGUUAAAGUCUUUCCUUAAAUCUUCUUAAAAGGGUUUCUGAAAAUCAUAAAUAGGAGAGAGAGAGAGAGAGAGAGAGAGAGAGAGAGAGAGAGAGUUUAGUGUGAUGCUCUACCUUUUUUCAGCAAUGAUCUUUGUCCUGUGGUGCUUACAGGAAACUCAGCUCAGGUCUGGAGAUUUGAUUAAUGACUUUAUGUUUUUGUUUCUUCCACAUUCUGAAAAAAAGUGUACUGAAUUGUACUGAACUGUACAGAGUACUGAAUUGUCCUAAAAUGUACUGAGUACUGAAUUGUACUGAACUGUACUGAGUACUGAAUUGUACUAAACUGUACUGAGUACUGAAUUGUCCUGAAAUGUACUGAGUACUGAAUUGUAGUAAACUGUACUGAGUACUGAAUUGUACUGAGUACUGAAUUGUAGUAAACUGUACUGAAUUGUACUGAACUAUACUGAGUACUGAAUUGUACUGAAGAGUACUGAACUGUACUGAGUACUGAAUUGUAGUAAACUGUACUGAAUUGUACUGAACUGUACUGAGUACUGAAUUGUACUGAGUACUGAAUUGUACUAAACUGUACUGAGUACUGAAUUGUACAGAGUACUGAAGAGUACUGAAUUGUACUGAACUGUACUGAGUACUGAAUUGUCCUGAAAUGUACUGUGUACUGAAUCGUAAUGAACUGGACAGAAUGCUGAACUGUACUGAAAUGUACUGAGUACUGAAUUGCUACAUUUGUCAGAUUUAUCCACCUUAAAUUUUGUUUUUAAAGGUGCAGAAUAUCCAUGUGAAUGGUUCAGGUACAAAAGGUUCAGGGAACCAGACCAGCAACAAUAACCAGUUCUGUUUAGUACUCUUUUUUUUCCCCAAUAGCGUAGGGAAAAAUCUCAUUAUCUUGUCAACUGAAAGAAUACUAUGAAUAAAAAUAAAAGGAUGAGAAAAUCUUAAAAGAAAAAAGAUCAGAAACAAGUUGACAGAAAAACCAUGAGGGGCACAAACUUUUCAACUCAACUCCAAUCCAGUCAUCUGAGUCAUUGUGAUUGAUCUGGUGGGAUUUUAGAUGUGUGUUGAUCAAUGAUGAAUGGGGAAUCGUUUUCAGUGUUAACACACACACACACACACACUGAGAGGGUUCAGUCAGGGGUGUCAAACAUACAAUAGAGGUUCUAAUCACUAAAUGUUCCUCCAACUGGUUUUAAAGUGACAAAAGAAAGCAAUUAUCUCCAGACAAAAUGCGAAAGAAACAUAAUCGAUCAUUAUCCAGCUAAAUAAAAUGUUGACUCUCUGACUCAGUAUGAUAUCUUAACCAUGUCUGCUACGAUACAAUAAGUUCAAUUCAUUUCAAUUGAUUCAUUUUAUUCAAUUCAGAAUUUCAGUCUCAUUUGUUAAAAUUAAUCGAUUCGAAGUUUCAAAAGCAUCAGAUUUACAAGUGAAAUGGAAAUGCUGAAUCAGAGGAAACGAAUCAACUGGAAUGAAUCGAUUUGAUUCAUUUCAAUUGAUUCGUUUUAUUUGAUUCAGUAAUUCGGUUUCAUUUGUUGAAAUAUAGUCGAAGUUUUAAAAGCAUCAGAGUUACAAGUGAAAUUGACAUUCAUAGAAUUGAUUCGUUUUAAUUGAUUCAUUUCAUUCGAUUCAGUAUUUCAAUUUCAGUAGCUCGUUCCAUCCCUAGUAACCAAACCAGCUAACAGGGGCGAAUACUUAUGCAAUCACAACUUUUUUAUUAAGUUGACUUUUUUUUCCCCCUCCUUACUUGAAUAUUAUGGGAUGUUUUAAUUGAAGUCCUUUUUAUGCAUAUCCUGAGAAAAUGUAAAGGGGGUGGGGGGUAAUAUGCAGAUAUCACACAUGUAGGUGAUGUUCUCUUGGUGCGUGCGCAUAAUUGAUAUAAAAUAAUUACGUAUAAAUAAUUACCUAUAAACGCAUGUUCCUGGGCACAAUCCAGUGGGUUUUAAAAUGUAUUGGCACCCCUGAUCUGGACGUUGGUGUAUUUCUGUCUUUAAUCUCACUGCGGUGGCUUACACUCAUUUCGCCUUAGUUCAUAACGCAACAAUUGAGGUUAUAGUAAUGUAAACAGAAAAUAAGCAGAAAGAAACCAGGGUACUAAACGGUACUCUCGAGGCUGGUGUGUACUUUAGUACUCAUCCUUUUUGAGGAUAUUUUUCUGAGAAGCGUACCUAAUCCUACACCUGAUCGACGUAUCAUCACACACCACCUAGAAAAAGUGUACACGUAACGGUACCCUCACCUCGACAUGGAGAGGUACUGUUAGUACCCUUUAUUUCUGACACCUGAGUACACCUGAUCCAGGUCCUGUUUAUUUUUUUCUUAUUUUUUUUACACCUGCAUUCGAACCCAGCAUUUAAGCCUGGUAGCUUGUUUGAUUAAUUCUUCUGUGUGUGUGUGUGUGUGUGUGUGUGUUUUCCCCCUCUGAUGCACGGAAAGUGAUCAGCCUGGAGAUUGUAUGUAUGAAUGUAUAUUCAGAUGGUGAGAUUUCUCAGAGACGUUUCCAUCGUUGGUGAAAGUGGAAAAAAACAAAACAAAAGAGAAAACACACACACACGUUUUGAUCUGAUUAGUUUAUCAGUAAUGCUGAUAACACAUGCAGCUAAACCAUUCCCUGUAGGUCAGAACAUAGCUAAACUCCUACUUUUGUCCCCUUUUCUGCUUUCUGUCCUUUAAAGACAGCGCUCUGGUCUCGUCUGGUGGAAAAGGGAAGAGUGUGUGUAGUGUGUCGUGUGUCAUGCGUCAUGUGUGUCGUGUGUUCAGGACUGUGGGAUGAAAGGUUUUUGUGUUGUUGUUUUUUAAUCAUUAGAUGCUUUGUUCUUGUGGCUGUGGUAAGUCACUGAGUUGAUGAUUAGGAUAUUAUGCAGUAGUCAUGCAUCACCUCUUGUUUUGUAAACACUAAUAUAUUUAAUUUCUUAUACAGCACACGAACAUUAAACUCUAUUUUUUUGA